AAAAAACAAUGAAUAGAAGAAAUUGCAUCUAUUUUAUUGCAUUCUUUUUAAACGUUGGGAUAUUGGUGUCUAAACAACUUCGUGAGCCGACAAAAGAAGAACCCUUCAAUUUUGAUGUAAAGAACAAGAAAGAUGCACCUCUUCCUUCCUGCAGAUGGGAUUAUCAAUAUGAUAUUGCAAAAUCUGUGUUAUCUGGUCUUUGUUUUGCAAUGGGUGCUUUUAUUUUGAUCUUAGGUUAUCGAAGGAGAAAGAUUUCUUUUGGUUUCACAGGAUUAGCUAGUAUCUCCAUUCUAACAUAUAUGGUUCUUGCCACUGAAGCUAGGUUCUCAUUGCUUGUGAAUAUCCUCAUCUCUGUUGCUACUGGUUUAUUUGCAAGUUUGUUUACAUUGAUGUUACUGUAUUGUGGGUACUUUAUCACUGGUUUGUUUGCUGGUUUUUGCUUCGGAUUUGUGUUUUUACUUGUUUACACAACUUUUAUUCCGUUAAAUUCAGUGGCGCUGCCAUGUGUUAUUGUUGCUUUGUUUGGGCUUGUGCAAGUUUUUGUCACCAUGUGGUGGAGACACAGGGUAUACAUUGUGUCCUGCUGCUUGUUUGCUUCUGCUGUUAUGGCAUCAUCAAUUGAUUACUUUAUCGAGGAUCUAUUCUUGUACCGAUACAUGGAGAUGAAAAUAUUUUACAACAGAGUUGCAGACCUUUGCUGGUGGUCUUAUCUAGCAUUUGCUUUGUGGCCAUUAUUUUUUGUAAUUGGUCUUUUGAUUCAAUGUUUAGUAACUGGAAAAGAGAAGCAAAAGGAAGAAUACACAUUUAUUUACAGGAAUCAUAGCCGAUCAAGACGACGUAUGCAAGAAGAUCAGAAUCAACUAAUUAGGAUGUGAUGCUAAAUCGAUUUUAAUUGCUGAUAUGUACUAUUUCUAAAAAGAAAUAGUACUAUGUACUAUUUCAAGUUAAAGUGAAGCAUUUUUAAAGGAUAUACUGCUAGAUUGAGUUUUUACUUCUAGAUUGUUGAGCAUAGUUAAUUGUGAUUAUAAUGUUUUUUUAUACAAAGUUGCAACCAAAUAUCAGAGAUUAAAUAAUCUAAAAUUAAGUUGUUUAAAUGUAGGAAUCACUCCAGAAAAAUGUAACUCAUUGUGUGGUCAAUGGUUGAGAAAUUGCUUACUUGAAAUGUAUUUGAGAAAAGCUUUGAGAAAAUGACUUGCACUGGAAUUGUUCUUGAUUUCACAAUUUUUGACAAUUGACUUUUUAAGGUACUCUAAGAAUAGAAUACAAAAAUAAUGAAUUUUUAUAUUUUCCAGUAUAGCUGUUGGUUUGCUUGCUGCCAUGUUCCUAAAAAUAUGAAAAUUUUCUUGCAAUAUUGUGUUGAUCAUACUCUGCUUGGUAUUCUCCAGUAUUCUGCGGGAAGUUAUUUAUAUAUAUAUUUUUUGAAUCGCUAUGCAAACUACUUUAAUUCAAUAAAAAUAUUGUGUAUCUGUCAUUUAUUUUUUCUACAAGUAAAUGUGGACAAGUUUUCUCCAAAAAUUUAUUCUUUUACUGUACGCAAGAUUUUUUAAUUGAAUUAAACAGUUAAUACAUCGCAAACACAUUUUUCUGGAUAACUGCAUUUAAAUUGCAUAAUCUUUACGAUUAAAGGCAGAAGAGAAUACUGAACUUGCUUUUAGAAAUUGGGAGGCUACUUAAAUUUUUUUCUUAGGACAUGCAAAAAUACCUUUUGAAAGAAAUACCUUUUGAAAUAAUUUUCUUUUUAUUGUAUCUGUUCACUUGUGUUUUAUAAAAAACACGAUUUUAAGAAAUGCAAGGCUCAGGUAAUAGGUGCUAUAAAUGCUAACUCCCAAUAUUGAGAAAAUUAACAGAGCUCUAACUGCAAAGCAUUUUAAAUGCAUAAAUCAGCCAUCAGGCUAUAUAACUUUUUGGAAAAUCUGUUUUAUAGUUUAGAUACAUAAGGCUGAACCUAAAAAGGGUGUUUCUACAAACAAAUGUGUAAUACUGUUUUAGAAACAGGCAACUGCUCUACUAUUUAGUGUUUUUUAUGUAAAUAUUGGAAUUUUAGUAUUUGUUAUUAAAUUGCACAGAUUUUCUUUCGCUUUUGUGUAUUAUUAUCUUAACCAUAAUUUCUGCCAACAGGCAAUACAUUUUGGUGUUGUCAAGAAUGUUUCAAAAGGCUUAAAUAUAUAUAUAAUAAAAAAUAUAGUAAAAUUUAAAAACUUGUAAAAGAGAAAAUAUGGUACAAGAUAAUAAUGUUUGUUCUAUUUCUGGUUAUGUUAGUUUUAAGUGCUCACUAUUUACAACAGAUUUUUAUUUACUAAGAUACUUUGUUAAUUCUUAGAAGGUUGUAAUUAAUGACAAUUUUAAUUACUUUCAAUUAAUGUAAGUAAAAUUGAAAGCAAGAAAAGCAUUGAAUUUUAUUGUGCUAUAAAUAUAUUUAUAUUUGUUUAGUUAAAAUUUGGUUUUGUAUUUAUUUAGAGGAGUGUUGUGAAUUUUUUAUGGUGAAAUAUUUCUUGGUUCUAUUUUGUUUUGCACACUGUUUUCUUAUUACGGAUAACUGGAACUUUGAAGAGUUGUGCAUGUAUCAAGAUCUGUGAAACAGGUGAUAUGCUAAACCUAGACCAGAUUUACUUCUAGCCAGUGUGGGGUAAAUUUGUUUAACAUAGAAUAACAGAACAACUUAACUAACUUAAAAUAUAAAAUCACUCUGUAAAAUAUUUGUUCAGACCCAUGACACACACUUCUUUCGCAAGAUGUAUAGUUUCCAUUUUUUCAGAAGGUAAUAUUUAAUGACUAUUGCACUAUAUUUUUAUUUUUAUUUGACUUUAUAAUUUUUUUAUUCAAAAGAGAAAAGCAUGUAAGGAGUAUGUAGUUGUCAUUCAUGACAUAUGUGUAUAUUUUAUUUCAACUGUAAUCCAAAACCAAAAUUGA